CUAAUAGAUAAAUUUGAGAUUUUAUUUCAAAUUAUUCUUCAGUAUUACAGGAAGAAGAAGACACGUUGAGUUUAUCAAAGUUAAAUUUUAUUGUUAUAUUAAUAAAUACUCCCAUAAAAAUACUCCAUAAUUACACCAUAAAUAUACAUGAUUAUUACCCUUUCAUCUUCCAUUAUUAUUAUCAUACUAUAGUAAAAAUAAUUCAAUAUUCUUUUUUUCUACAGUGUAAUUAAUACAUGUGUAAUGUGUCUUUGAAACACACAUCCGAGAAAUCUUAUCGCACAAUCCAGGGUUCUAAAAGAAGAGCAAAAUCAAUUUUUAAGAAAUUUUAAAUAUUCCAGGUGCAUGUUCUCGUUCUUGGUUUAGUAAAAAUCAAAAAAUAAAAAAAAAAAUAAAAAAAAGAAAUAAUAAAAAAAAAGAAAAGACAAAUCACCUUUUCCUCUCACAUAUCUGCUCCCAAAAAACGUAAUCGACUGACUAGCUUUGUGGUUUUUUAGGUACAAUGCGCUAGACCCACUCGCUCCAACUUUUCUGAUAGUAAAGCUAGAAGAUAAUUACUUUCGGAUACCAACGUCGCUGAGCGUGUUCAUGAUGAAGGAACCGAAUCCCAACGGAGAGACGAACGCCCAAUCGUCGAAAGACGACGUGGAAUCGGCGAAAACGAACAACAACCAAUUGGAAGAGAAAACGAAGGAUAACGCGAGCACCGACGACCCAUUCGACGAUCUCGACGACGCACCCUUGGACUUCCGGAAGAGGCAAGAACAGGAGAAGAGCAAAUCGAGCAAACAAAUCCCAAAGAAGAAGGUGCACACCUGCGAGAUCUGUUACGCCACGUUCGACCGUAAGAGCAAGCACACCAGGCACAUGUUCAAGCACAGCAACUCGAGGCCCCACAAAUGUGCCAUUUGCUCGAAAGGGUUCAAAACCACGGCUCACCUAUCCAGGCACAUGGAGGUUCACGACGAGCCUGUCAAUUUGCACGCGUGCAGCCUGUGCGACUUCAAAGCACGCACCAAACCCUACCUUAAGAUCCAUUACAUCAGAAAACACACGGAGGAUUACAAUUACAAAUGCGAACAAUGCGGAAAGAUGUUCAAGGUGCAGUCGGAUUACACGACCCACGUGAAGGAUCACGACACCGAAUCUUGCGUCUGCGAUAUAUGUGGCUCCUCUUAUCCGAGCAAAAGCUCCCUCUACUUCCAUAAACAUUACAAGCACAAGACUAAGGUGAAGAAGUUUCAGUGUCAGACGUGUAAGAAGAAGUUCAAGACGCAGAAGAAUCUUGACAGUCACAUGGAAUUGCACAAGAUCAAAUACGUUUGCGAGCAAUGCGGUAUGGAGUUCAAGAGCAAAUACGGCCUCACCAAGCAUCUGAGGACUCAUUCCGGGGAGAAAUCUUAUUUGUGCGCGAUUUGCGGGAAAACAUUCGGGUGUUUGAGCUCGCAGAAGAUCCAUCUGUUGACGCACGUCGGCGAACGGCCUUACGUUUGCGACAUCUGCGGGCAGAGCUUCACGCAGAGAUCGCCCAUGAUGCUGCAUCGCAGGAAGCAUCCAGGGGUGCAUCCGCCGCCCCCACCGAUUAAAAUAACGAACCUGCUUCACGGUGUACAGGACAAAAUAAUCGUGAACAAGAGCAGCAAGUAAAUGCACAAAAUCAGGUGGACAAUGUACAUUCUACUUUUUUUUUUCUUUUUUUCUUUCUUUUUUUCUUUCUUUCUCUCUUUCUCUCUCUCUCUCUGUUUAAUAUAAAAUUAGAAUGUGAAAAGUAUGGUGAACGGGAGCAUCGAUUUUUCGAACGAUUGUUAAUGAUUUAUUCGAGUGAAAUUAUUCUUUCGAGUUGAAGCGUUUUCCUGUGAAAUUAAUUGUGUUCCAUUAGGUCGUUCAAUUUUGAGGGAGGUUAAUAAGAAGUUUUUUGUGGGAUCGUACGUGUACAAGUAUUAGGUCGACAGACUGCGUCGUGUUCAUCAGUCUACGUGAUACCGAUUAAGACAACCUAUCCAUAAGAAGAAAAGACGUUCGUUAAUUUCUCUCCUAGCUGAUAUUCCGUAUGUUCUCGAAAUAAAUAAAUUAUCGCGAUAUUUUUCCUCCGAUUAACAUAAUUCUUUUUUAUUUUUAGGCCGUUACCACGCGAUCCUUUUGUACAAAUUUUUGUGGUGCAAAAGGUCGAUAAAUAUUUUCUCCUGCCUGUCGAGGAAUCAGUACAAAAGCAACCGGAAGAGGAUUCUAUCGCGACAAACAUUUGCAUCAAGACUGAAGUACAUGAAGAAACAUCUGAACAACAACUUGUCGAAUCUCAAUUACAAGAAACAGAUA